AUGACCAUGGCGACCGUCGUCGUGACGAUCGCUACCCCGACGAUCGUGACCAUCGUCACGACGACCGCGACGACCGCCAUUGCGAUGACCCGGCUCCAGCCCUGUGAAGACCCUCUCUACGGCAUCGUGCUCGGCAAAGGAUCCUAUCCUAUUGGUCGAGUUGUUUUGCCAGACACCUUUGGCAUGCCUGGAAACUACCGUAUGGAGCACCUCACAUUCGAGGUGGCCAACUUCAAGACUUUCUACCAUGCCAUCUUUGGCAGGCCCAUGCUGGCGAGGUUUAUGGUGAUUCCACAUCACACCUACCUUGUCCUCAAGAUGCCAGCUCCAAACGGUGUCCUCUCCAUCCAUGGCAACAUCGAGACAUCGUACAAGUGCGACACGGAAGCGGUGUAG